AUUAUUUGACACGCAUUUCUCGACACAAUCGUACUGCAGCAUGUGGGCUACAAAGAGACCCGGGCCACUAGCAACUGGUCCUCAGAAGAAACUUAUACUCCAAGGGCUGAAAGCGAUACCAGCGCUGCCAGUGGCAUUCAAAGACGAGACAUGGGUUCGACUACAGAGUGCAAUACGCGCAAUUCAGGCCAGCAAGCCUACAGCCCAAGGGUUUGAGGAGCUGUACCGGGACUGCGAGAAUAUGUGUCUGCACAAAUUCGGCAGCGAGCUAUACGCAAACCUGCAAGGUGAAUGUCUCCUGUAUGCGCGCACGCAAUUGUCGGAAAUCAACAAGGAGCAGGACGAGACAGAGAACGGCACAGUGCUGACGGCGACCCGGCAAUUCUGGACGCAGUACACGCAGCAGCUGGCAGUCAUACGGUGCGUGUUUCUGUAUCUGGACCGCACGUACGUGCUACAGACGGCCAACACGCCGUCGCUGUGGGCUAUGGGUCUGGCGGUGGUGCGGCAGUGCCUGGAGGACUCGGGGAUGGCGGUGCGUCUGGCGCGUCUGAUUGUGCAGGAGAUUGCGCGUGAACGCGAUGGCGCGACAGUUGACCGCGCGAUGUUGCGUGUACUGACGCAGAUGCUGGUCGACCUCAAUUUGUACUCGCAGUACCUGGUGCCGAGGCUCAUUGAGGCUACGCGCGAGCACUAUGAGCGCGAGAGCCGCCGGAUGGUUGGCAGACUGGUGCCCGUGCAGCCUGCAGGCGCACAGAACCAGAUGGACGUACCGCUGUACCUGGAUCAUGUAAAGCGCCGGCUGACAGAGGAGACAGAUCGCACAGCUCAGUACCUGAGCGCCAGUACCAAGAGCACGCUGCUGGCAACGGCCGUGGGCGAGCUGAUCGAAAAACACACAGACCACCUGUUGGCCACAAGCUUUGACGAUAUGCUGGCGCAGGAUUGCGUAGCCGAUCUGGGCAACCUUUACACGCUGCUGGAGUCGGUGGCUCGGCUGGACAUGCUCAAGCGACACUGGGCCGGGUACAUCAAAAGGACAGGCAUGGCGCUGGUGCAGCAGCCAGACUUGGACGUGGCUUUGGUCACCGAGCUGCUGGCGCUGAAGCAGCGCCUGGACAACGUGCUUGCGCAGUCAUUUGCUGGCAGCGAGUCGCUGGCACAUGCGCUGCGUGAGGCCUUCGAGGAGUUCAUCAAUGCGCGACGCAACAGGCCGACGCAGCUGAUAGCCAAGUUUGUCGACCAGUGCAUGCGUACCGGCAGCCGGAUGGCGCCUGACCAGGCCCUGGAUGCACUGCUAGACCGGGUCAUGGUGCUGUUCCGGUUCAUCCAGGGCAAGGACAUGUUCGAGGCCUUCUACAAGCGUGACCUGGCCAAGCGUCUGUUGACAAACAAGAGCGCGUCGAAGGAUGCCGAGCGCGCUAUGCUGCAGCGGCUCAAGCAAGAGUGCGGUGCUGGGUUCACAAACAAGCUCGAGGGCAUGUUCCGCGACAUCGAGGCGUCGGAGGACUUGGCGGGCAAGUUUGCCGGCAGUGCAUCGGCAGCAGGCAUCGGCAGCAUGUCGUUCCAUGCCAGCAUUCUGGCCCAUGCAUUCUGGCCCACCUACGAGCCCAUGGAUCUUGUCGUGCCCAAGGCUGCCGAGGAAGCGCAGAAUGCGUUCACCGAGUUCUAUGGCGAGACGCACCAGGGGCGCAACCUGCAAUGGCAGCCGAUGCUGGGCACAUGUCUGCUCAAAGUUGAAUUCGAUGAGGGCCCCAAGGAGCUAGCGCUCUCGGUGGUGCAGGGCACAGUGCUGUGUCUGUUCGGCGAAGCCGACGAGCUGUCGUAUACCGAGAUCCAGCAGAACACCAGUCUGGACGAUGCCACGCUGCAGCGCACACUGCAGUCGCUGGCCUGUGGCAAGACGCGUGUCCUCACCAAAGAGCCAAAGGGGAAGAACGUAGACAGCACAGACAGGUUUAUCUUCAACAAGGCGUUUUCCAGUCCGCAGGCUCGCAUCAAGAUCAGCCAGAUCCAGACCAAGGGAGCCGAGAAGGAGACCAAGGAUACCGAGGAGAGGGUCCAGUUUGACCGCAUGUACAAGGUCGACGCUGCGAUCGUACGCAUCAUGAAGGCGCGCCGCACGCUGAGCUACACCGACCUGCUGACCGAGAUCAUGGCUCAGCUCAAGUUCAACGCAUCGGCCACCGAGCUCAAGAAGCGCAUCGACUCGCUGCUUGAGCGCGAGUUCCUGGAGCGUGACGACAACGACCAGUCGGUCUACAAGUAUGUGGCAUAAAUGCCUAAUAUAAUUAACCUCUUGUGCCUAUCAAUUCACAAAAUGAAACAGC